ACCCUUUGACAAACCUAAAACCCUAAGUUAUUUUAUUUUUCGGUUUCCUCCGUCUUUCCACCCAACCACAAAACCCUAGCAACAAAUCGCAGUGAGGGAAGACACGGGUGUAGACAAAUCCAAUCAAAAUAAUGGCCAAGCGAGAUGAACGGAUGUCCGAAGAAGAGGAAGAAAGUGAAGCAGAGUCGAUGUCUGAGUCUGAGUCAGGAGGAAGAGGAGAAUCACAAGGAGGACUAGAUUACAUAAUGAGUCUUCCAGACGUUCCUAUGAAACUUCCACCGCACGUGGAGCUACAGAGAACCCGCGUCUUCUGCAACGCUGACGCUCCCAACCAUACAGAUACUAUACAGUAUUCUGGUGCUUUUGCGUCCGUGGGAAUAGAUAAUAGUUUCCGACUGGACCAUUUUCGCAAGGACUUUAGAGUUGAAGUGAUUAGAUGCUCGGAUGAUGACUUGGAGUUUGAUAUGAUUGGGAUCGAUCCAGCACUUGCCAAUGCAUUUCGGAGAAUCCUUAUUGCUGAGGUUCCAACAAUGGCCAUUGAAAAAGUUCUUAUUGCAAACAAUACGUCAGUAGUCCAAGAUGAAGUGCUUGCCCACAGGUUGGGUCUUAUUCCGAUCAGUGUUGACCCGAGGCUUUUUGAAUAUGCAGAAAAUAAUGCACUGAACGAAAGGAAUUCCAUUGUUUUUAAACUUCAUGUUCGUUGUGAACGAGGUGGGCCGCGUCUUACAGUAAAAGCAAAUGCAUUGACGUGGUUACCCAAUGGGAGUGAGUUUCCUUUGCAAUCAGAAGACCCAAAUUCAAAUUCCACCUCAAAACCAAAAACCUACACUUCAUUUAGCUGUAGCCAAGACUCUCUGCCUGAAUUUUCCAGCAAUCCAAUUGGAUUCAAGGGAAGACUUAAUGAUAUUAUUAUUUCUAAACUUGCCCCUGGUCAGGAAAUUGAACUUGAAGCACAUGCUGUUAAAGGCAUUGGUAAAACACAUGCAAAGUGGUCUCCAGUGGCCACUGCUUGGUAUAGGAUGCUUCCCGAGGUUGUACUGCUGGAAGAGAUUGAAGAUGAAGUGGCUGAAAAUCUUAAAAGUAAAUGCCCAGUUGGAGUAUUCGACAUUGAAGAUAUUGGCAAUGGUAAAAAAAGGUUAACUGUGGCCCGACCGCGAGCUUGCACAUUGUGUAGAGAAUGCAUCAGAGAAGGGGGAGAAUGGGAGAAGCGUGUUUCAUUACGGCGUGUUAAGGAUCAUUUCAUAUUCACGAUUGAAUCAACUGGAGCAUUACCUCCUGAGGUACUAUUUACCGAAGCUGUGAAGAUUUUGGAAAGCAAGUGUGAACGUGUGAUUUCUGAGCUCUCUUGAUGCUUUGUUCUCAGGAUAAUUAAUGCAGAAUGGGGUAGAAAGGGCACAGAGGGUGAAGUAAAUUAUGUAUGCAUUGUUGAUUAAGGAUGUUUGAUAUAUUCAUAUCAUAAUAUAAGAGGCUAAUUUCUUAUCA